AUGGCAAAGAGACACAGGAGGACACAUGUUUUAGGGGAAAUCCUGCAGUACCCUAGACAUGUGCAACAGUCUCAGUGGAGGAGGUGCAGGGUUGGCGAGAAGGCCAAAGCCCAGGCUGUGUCCAGCGUGGGAGAGGAGAGAGCACUACUCCUGGGCUUUACCAUGAUGGCCUUCUCCAUCCUCAUGUACUUUGUGGUGGGAAUAGUUGUAGUGAAGCCGUGUCUCCACAGUGACUGGGUAGACACCACCAACUGCUCAAUUGUCCGGACUGAGCUUUUAAACGAGUCGGAUGACUGCAGAAGCACAAGCAGCUACCCAUGCCUGCUGGUCUUCGUGAACAUCAUUGCUUCUGGGAGAAGAGUGCGUCUCCACUAUGAUGAGCCUGUGGUGACCUUGAGCCCAGAGUGUUUCUAUACCCCUAAGAACCAACAAGAUAAAACCGAACUGCUCGAGGAGGCACAAAGGAUCAAGAAGACCUUGUCCGACCUGCAAGGGCAAGCCAUGGAGUGCCAUAUCAGCACAGAGAGGUAUCCAGAGGACGCCAUUAUGAAGAGGAGGUACACUAUGCGGCUGGCCCUGCAGUGCCUCCUCUGGCCAACACUCAUGCUGGCUGGGGGUAUACUGCUGGUCGGCCUGGUGAUGCUCACGCAGUGCCUGGCUCACCUCUGUGCUGAGGUCACCAUUGAAGGGUCAGAGGAUGACGAGACCACUGCAAUGCAGGGCAGGCUGUACCGAGUGCUCACCGGCAGGCCAGGGAGUCCCAGCAUAGCGUAG